AUGCCGGGAGGGCACGGAGGGAUCGGCGAUGACAAAAAUCCUGCCUCUAGGAAGACAGAUAGUAACAAUACGGACUGCAAGCCUCGUUCGACGGAGCUAACGCACAGUGAUUACACUGUGGGAUGGCUCUGCGCGCUGUCAAAGGAGCAGACAGCAGCAACAGGAAUGCUAGAUCAGAUCCAUUCUCCUCUACCAAAGCCAUCAAAUGAUCCGAACGCGUACACUUUAGGAUCCAUCGGGAAGCACAACAUCGUCAUAGCCUGCUUACCAAAAGUCGGCCUGAUGGUUGGUAUUGGCGGCGGUAUUCCGCCCAAGGUUAGACUUGGAGAUGUUGUGGUUAGUGCGCCCGUUGAUCAGUUUCCUGGAGUGGUCCAGUGGGAUAUGGGCAAGGCGGAGGGGUGCGGCAACUUCAAAAGGACUGGUGCCCUGAAUAAUCCCCCGAGCGCGCUGCUGACAGCGCUGACAAAACUGGAAACUCGGCAUGAGAUGCAUGGCUCUAAGAUACAUGAUUAUCUUAAUGAUUUCGGAGGGAAAUAUCCAAGGCUAGCAUCGAAAUAUACUUGGUCCGAUGCCCUCAAGGACCCGCUAUUCACCCCAGAGAUUUCUCAUCGCCCUCGGAGCAGAUGGCAAGUCAUAUUUUCUAUACUCUUGGAGAAGAUCUUGGCUCUGCUCGGGUGCCUCUUAGGCUGGUGGGUGUUUGCUCCCAUGGAUCGUGGCGCGGAGCAGGUUACAAGUACAGCACAUGUUGAGUUGUCCAGGACUCGGAGCAGACCUGGGAAUACACGCGUGCAUUAUGGUCUGAUCGCAUCUGGUAACCAGGUGGUCAAGGACGCUGAGUUUCGUAACAGACUUGACGAGAGUCUCAGCGGGAAUGUGUUGUGUGUUGAAAUGGAGGCAGCAGGGCUCAUGAAUGAUUUCCCAUGUAUUGUUAUACGGGGUAUCAGUGAUUAUGCCGACUCGCAAAAGAACAAUGAUUGGCAGGAAUAUGCCGCAGCCGUCGCUGCCGCGUACGCGAAGGAACUUCUUGAAUAUGUACAGACGAGUGAUGUUGACGGAGAGCGCCCCGUGAAGGACAUUCUAGGUCAGGUUCUUGACACUGUGCAGAGAGCUGGGGCCAAUAUUGAAACAUUGAGGUCUAGGUUGGACCGAAAAGAAGACCUCGAGGUCCUCAAUUGGCUAACGCCGGUCGAUUAUGGUCCUCAGCACAGUGACUUCCUGAAAAGGCGGCAAUCCGGAACUGGUCGAUGGUUUUUAGACUCUGCCGAGUACCAGACUUGGCUAAGCGCAAGAAAUCAGACGUUAUUCUGUCCAGGCAUUCCUGGGGCAGGGAAAACAAUUCUGACUGCAAUAGUCAUUGACGACCUCACUACACGGUUUCUGGAUGAUCAAUCCAUUGGGAUUGCGUACAUCUACUGUAACUUCCGCCGGCAAAACGAGCAGAAGGUUGAAGACUUACUUGCGAGUCUACUAAAGCAGCUGAGUCAAGAGCAGCCUGCCCUACCAGACAGUGUGGGCAUUCUUUACAACAGGCAUAAAGGCAGAGGGACUCGACCAUUACUUAGUGAAAUUUCAGAAGCUCUCCGGUCCGUCGCGGCUAAAUAUUCGAGAGCAUACAUUUUCAUUGACGCGCUUGAUGAAUGUGAAGUAGAUGGUUGCCGAACGAAAUUCCUAGCAGAGAUCUUCGACCUCCAGGCAAUAUGCGGUGUAAACAUCUUUGCCACUUCCAGGUUCAUCCCGCAAAUUACCGAGAGAUUCAAAUAUAGCAUGACAUUGGAAAUCCGUGCAUGCGAUGAAGAUGUGCGAGAAUAUUUAAAGGAUCGGAUACUGCAAUUGGAAUCGGCCAUUUUGGUCCCAGUCAGCGAAGAAAUUCAAAGCGGCGUCAUGAAAGCUGUAGAUGGGAUGUAG